AAUUAAUAUUAACUUGUCUGGGGUCUUCGAAAGAGCAAUCCAAUCAUCAUUUCAAAGCGAAAGGAGAAAGGGAAAACGUAAAGAGGGCAGAGCCCCCUUCUUCUUCUUCCUCAAGAAGGAGCCCUUUUAGAUGCCCAGUUUGAUAAAGGAAGCGACUUUAUUAUUAUUAACCAACGAGAUUUAUCAAUCAGGGUUGUGUUAGUUUAAUUGGUGUGUUAAUUUGACAAGGAUCAUUGAUUACCCUCUCUGAAAAUCUCGAGCUUUCCAGAUCUAUCGGAGCUCCUGGGUUUAUAUAAUUCCCUUUCUGCAAAUCGAUGGGAUAAACCUUAAGUAUUGUUGCUGGGAAGAAGUAAGAGCAGUGGCUGCGUGGCUUGCUACAGAGAACACAGAUCAACUGCCGCCGCCACUCUGAAGGAUCCACCUUCCAAUCCCAUAGCUCGACCUAUUAAGAAACCUAGUGUCUCCGAAGAUUUCUGGUCAACUAGCACUGUUGAUAUGGACAACAUCACCUUCCCUUCUCAGGGGAGCUUAUCUUCCAACCAGACUUUUGAUUCUCACUCUGGUGCCAGGAACACCAAUGCUCCUCCUGAAUUUGUAAAUCAAGGUCUUCUUCUUUGGAAUCAGACACGUGAGCGUUGGGUGGGCAAGGAAAAACCCACUAACUUGCCGGAUCGCAAUCAAGGAGCCAAGUUAAAUUGGAACGCAGCAUCAUAUGAUAACUUGCUUGGGAGCAACAAGUUAUUUCCCCAACCCAUUCCUCUCACCGAAAUGGUGGAUUUUCUAGUGGACGUAUGGGAACAAGAAGGUCUAUAUGACUGAUGAAGAAGACUUGGAGAAAACAUACAUACAUACUGGUUCGGGCAUUUCCGAUUUUUUCUUUUUCUUUUCGGUUUUGUUAUACGGCUCUCAAAGCCCUUGUUGUAUUAUCUUUCAUUUGGAAUUGGAUCAAAGAACACUGGGAAUGUGGCUCAUACGCUUUCACCUUAAAUGUGAAAAUAUCCCGUGUUGUACUUGUACCAUCGUCAUCUUUAAGACCAAUUUGUCGGUUUGACCAAUCUUUAUCUCAA